AUGGAGAAGAGGAGGAGAAAAUUUGGCAUGUGUUCUCCCACAUCUCCUCCUCCAUCAACCUCCACUGAAUCCCUCUCCUCCUCAUUUUACUCUCCUCCUCCUCCGCCGCCUCCUCCGCCUCGUCCGCCUCCUCCUGCUCUGCGAUCCUCUCCUCCUCUCUCUGUGCUGGUGUCUGUUCCCUCCAUAUUUGGGCUGCUGCUGGUUCUACUGGUUGUACUGGUGAAACGACGUGUCCGGAAGAAACCUGAAGACAGAGAUCCUGCAGCAGCUGCCACCUCCUCAUCAGUGAGAAGAACAUCAGCAGAGGGCCGACACGGAUCGAUCAGGAGAAGAGAUGUUUCAUUAGAGACAACAGUCAUCUACUCCUCACUGAAGCUGACUGACACACCUUCACCACAGCUCAGAUUCAAAAGUAACAUUUUUCCCUCACCUGAAGAAGACAAAGAAGAAGAAGACGUCUUUGAAACCAGCUGCAGUCACAGUCUUAAACAUAUUAAUAGGGAAUUGGCAAUGGCCGCAUUGAACACAUACUUUAAGAAGAGGGAGAAAUAAAGGAGGACAUAAAGGAGUGGAGGAAGGUGCACACAGGUGGACUACACCUUAUGCUGAGGGUAUAAUCUGAAAGAGAUGGUAAGGUGGUGUCAGGGAGAAGGUAGCUAGGCAACAUGAGAUGGUAGUGUGUGUGAUGACUUUGGACAACAACAGGAGGAAGUGAGUGAGAGCAAAGACAAGAUUAAAUGGCGGAAGCUAAAGAAGUCAGUCUGAUGUAAAUUUGGUGUAAAAUCUUGUGAUAAAUAAAAAAACAUACACAGGUUUGAAGGGAACCACCACUGAAUUUAAUGUUUCCCUGUUACAGACACAGAAUGGCUGUUAUACAGUUACAAAAAUGUUAAGUGAAAGUUUACUCUUAAUUUACUUGUUCUUUCUGUACAUUUAAAUGUGACAUAUAACUGAAUAAACAAUAUCAAAGUG